CCAAAAAGUCACAGACUACCGCGGAAAUGGUGAACUGAACAGACAUACCAGGGAAAAACAAUGAAGUCUCUGUCCCCUCUUCUCUCUCUUCCUCUUGCGAAACCUCCAAUGGCCUUCUCAACCACCUCUCUUCAAUCCUUACCUUCCAUCUAUGCCGUCACUCAACAACGAAAAACACCCACUCCGAAACGCUCUUCAAAACCCACCAAAACCCUCUCUCCACCCACCACCACCAAUACUACCACCCAUCUCCCUCGAAAGAAGGUUUUGGUUCCGAUUGGAUUUGGUACGGAGGAAAUGGAAGCUGUGAUAUUGGUUGAUGUAUUGCGCCGAGCUGGUGCAGAAGUGACCUUGGCGUCGGUAGAGCCAGAGCUAGAGAUUGAAGCUUCUGGAGGUACCAGACUUGUUGCUGAUACGUCUAUCUCGACUUGUUCCGAUGAUAUUUUUGAUCUAGUUGCUUUGCCGGGAGGAAUGCCUGGCUCAGCACGAUUAAGAGACUCUGAAAUUCUCAAAAAAAUUACAAGUAAACAAGCUGAAGAGAAAAGGCCAUAUGGGGCUAUAUGUGCUGCUCCUGCGGUCGCACUUUUGCCAUGGGGCCUUCUCAAGAGGAAACAGACCACUUGUCACCCUGCGUUUAUAGACAAGCUUCCAACCUUCUGGGCUGUCAAAACAAACAUUCAAGUCUCAGGAGAGCUCACAACAAGCCGUGGCCCUGGUACUUCUUUUGAGUUUGCUACAUCUUUAGUGGGACAGCUCUUUGGGGAAUCUGUUGCCAUGGAGGUUGGAAAACUACUGCUCAUGCAUGGUGUUGAUGAUGAUGCUCCCAGAAAAGAAGAAUUCAAUGCAGUUGAGUGGUCUGUGAAUCAUAUCCCUCUUGUACUUAUUCCAGUUGCAAAUGGUUCUGAAGAGAUUGAAGUGGUUGUAAUUGUAGAUAUUUUGAGGCGAGCAAAAGUGGAUGUUGUUGUUGCUUCAGUUGAAAAAUCCUUACAGAUAUUGGCAUCCGGAGGCACAAGAAUCGUUGCAGACAAGUUAAUUGGUUGUGCUGCUGAGUCAAUAUAUGAUUUGAUCAUCCUUCCGGGAGGAAUUAUCGGGGCCGAGCGGCUGCACAAGUCUAGGGUUCUGAAGAAGUUGCUUAAAGACCAAGAAUCAGCUGGAAGAAUAUACGGAGCAAUUUGCUCUUCAUUGACAAUCCUUUAUAGACAAGGCUUGCUCAAGGAUAAGAGAGCCACUGCUCAUCCCUCAGUUAUAAGCUUUCUCAACAAUGAAGACGUCAAAGGUUCCCGGGUUGUUAUUGACGGUAAACUGAUCACAAGCAGGGGACUUGCCACAGCGAUAGAUUUUGCAUUGGACAUUGUGAGCAAGCUUUUUGGUUAUGCUAGGGCGAGGAGUGUAGCAGAAGGCCUUGUUUUUGAGUACCCCAGGAGCUAGAGAUACGUAAGGUCCAGUCUUUAAUAGAUCCCAUAAGCAUGAGUCCAUGAAAAUUGGAAUUAUUUCCUGGACCCAAACAGUCAUCAGAAGGAGUCUCUGUGGCUUUUAUCAUGUACAGGCAACGUUGGUUGUGUGUUUUUUAUUCCCAAUGUUAAGUGGCAAUCAACCCUUGUGGAAUUUGGUCUGGCUUUACAACUGUGGUGGGCAUUUAAAUGCUUGACAGAACGCGUCUUCAAGAUCAUACCUGUUACUGUUUCCAGGUCUUAUCUUCUGUUGCUUCUGUUCAGGAUUGCAGCUGAGGGGCACUGACUAAAUGUCAAGGAUAUAAGAUCUACUGUGUCUAUCGUUUUCCUCUUCCAGCAUGCCCGAGAUGAUGCAAAGUUUCUCAGCUCAAUGACCCUCGGUGACUGGCAGAGAGCAAGUAUUUUUUCUUCUGAACUCUACAAAUAGCAUUCUUGAUAGAGAUUAAGUUGCCGUCCCAUUUACCAUUAUUGCCAUGCGACAAUUGAUCUAUAUAGAUCACUUUUGCAGUUUCAUGUUGCUUUGUGAACAUUCUGAUGUAUACUAUCGUGAUAAAAAGAAAUAUAUUAACAUAAACAGUUGUGGUUUGCCAAAAUUCUUGCAGUGUUAACAGAGU